CGAGAAUUCGACCUAAAUGCGAAAACUUUCGAUCCGUUCUACUCUACUAUAGCAGGUAUUUUAAACCGUAAUACUGUUGAAAAAGAAGCUUGCAAACUUAUUUGAAGACUGUUAAAUGUUUCAUUAGCUCCCAACAAGCCUUAUGGAUGAUGAUCUACCAUGGAACCCAUUGGGUCUCAUGCUCUCUAUGUUUGGGAGUAGAAUAAACAGUAAGUUGCUAUUUAAAUACCCAUUUGACUUGGAAAGUUUUAGUGGCAUGUCUCGUGACAAUUAUGAGCAACUGACUUCCUCAACAUUUCACCUCAAUCAACCUCACACUAUGGGUGGUCAAAAAAGCACAGCUGAUUGGAUGAAUGAGGAAGACAGUGAUGAUGAACAACAUCGUGAUACGAUGACACAGUUUUUAGCAUUUUCCGAUGAAACAUUAGGCCAAAUUUUAAGUCCUGGUAAUACAAAGAUUUGUGGUCAAAAGUUUGAUGUUAAAAACAAUGGACUGAGGUUUGUUGGGUUUCCUGUUAUGCUUGAACGAAGUAAUAUUGAAGGCAAUAUGGUGCGGCCAAUGCAGCAUCAACUGGUGAGGUCUGGGAGAUCAAGAUGCAAUUCAAGUGCUGCAUUUUUGAGAGCAAAUGAGACUGACACUACUCUACUCUCAUUUAAUUUAGUUUUUGUCCUGAAAACUAGCGCCAACUAUUCGGUUGUUGAGGCUUACCAACAGCUGAGUGCAAAAGUUAGCCUUGGCUUAAGAUUUGAAGAAAAAAGAACAAUGUAUAUGACCAACGCUGCAAUGCAAAUGCUGAGCAUUCAUGAUGAUGAAGCAAAUACAGAAGAGUCAAAAUGCAAAAUUUAUUCCGAAAUUUUGGCACAAAGCAAGCUUGCUCUUCACCUGCAAGAUAUAUUUAAUGCUUUGCAUUGCUCUGGAACAAUUAAUCUGACAAUCAAUGAAAACCUGAGCAUAGAUUUUUGCCUUUACCACAAAGUGCUGAACAGCACAAAUGUUUCCGAACAGUGCUCGACUGUGGAUAUAAAGGCCAUUGAAACUUGCCUGAAGAAAAUUCAACCCUAUCAUGGAUUAUUAGUUUAUGACAUAAAAGAUGUGUGGGCAUCUUUAACCGAUCAUUGUUCCAUGUCAAUGGUAAAGUUUCUCAAUUUUUACAGCCCCACAAAAUCUUUACAACUUAUCUCAAUUGAUGGGGACAUUAACCUGAAGCAUGUUUACACAAUAGCACGGCAUUUGGUACUGUGGGGCAAGGCUUGUGUUAUCUAUCCUCUGUGCAAGACCAAUGUAUAUGUUCUUGCUCCUACUGCAAUGUUGCACAUACAUUCCAGAUGGGUAAAGUUAUUUAGAAAUACAUUCCAUAUGAGUCUCACCAAAGUCUUGUCUUAUUUUUCCGUCCCGAUCAGUUUGAUUGAUUUCCGACUGGGUGAAAGAUUCAAUCUACAAUCCCAUAACAGUCCGUUUUUUGAACACGAAGAUACCCUUGUCAAUGCAGUAUUUUGGAUGUUGCAACAUAGGUUUCUAAUGCAGCAUCACACUUAUGUAUAUUUUGUCCCACCACUAACAACCAAGGAAGAGGCUCAAAAAUCCAGCAUUGAAUUACAACACGAUCUGCUGAAGUUUGCAAAGACUGUGCAUAAGAUGCAUGUUCGUUUUGAGGACCUGCCAUCUCACUGUAAACCCCUCUUUCAAACCUCUAUCACUGCUUCACAGGCGCCUAUUAACUUUAACUUAUUUUUACGUCUUUUAAAAUAUUUUGACGGGAGGCAUCAUCUUGAAGAAAUGAUGUACAGGGAGAAUUUGUUACGUGGAGACAUUGUGAACAUACUAGACCAAUUUAAGCCUUUGCUUUUAACUACAGUUCGCGAAGAUGAAAUUGCCUCAGCUUUUUGCAUGGCAGAUUGUUAAUAAUUUUAGGAGUACCAGGUCCUUAAAUUAUAUCUAGCUUUAAUGCAAUAUUUUUCCUAUUUUAAAAUUUCAUUCAAUAAUUAAUCUUUUGGCUUGCAAUGUAGAAUGUAUAUUGUUUCUCUGUUCUUAUAUUCUUUGGUACUGUAUUGCGUGGUAUAUUUUAUCAUAGAUUUAAUUAAAUAUAUACGCUACCUCU